AUGAAGCAGGCGCCCGCAGCCCAGAGCCCCGCGCCCGCGCCGCCCGCCUCGCCGCCCGCGCAGCCCCCGCGGGGCGGUGGCGACCCCCCGGCGCUGUGGAUUUUCGGGUACGGCUCCCUGGUGUGGAGGCCCGACUUCGCCUACAGCGACAGCCGCGUGGGCUUCGUGCGCGGCUACAGCCGCCGGUUCUGGCAGGGAGACACCUUCCACCGGGGCAGCGACAAGAUGCCCGGCCGAGUGGUGACCCUUCUCGAAGACCAUGAGGGCUGCACGUGGGGCGUGGCCUACCAGGUGCGAGAUGAGCAGGUGAGCGAGGCCCUGAAGUACCUGAACGUGCGGGAAGCGGUGCUCGGCGGCUACGACACCAAGGAGGUCACCUUCUACCCCCAAGACGCCCCUGACCAGCCUCUCAAGGCCUUGGCCUACGUGGCCACCCCUCAGAACCCCGGGUACCUGGGCCCCGCCCCGGAGGAGGCCAUUGCCACCCAGAUCCUGGCCUGCCACGGCUUCUCCGGCCACAACCUCGAGUACUUGCUGCGCCUCGCAGACUUCAUGCAGCUCUGCGGGCCCCAGGCCCGGGACGAGCACCUGGCCGCCAUCGUGGACGCGGUGGGCGCCAUGCUGCCCUGCUUCUGCCCCACCAAGCAGGCGCUGGCACUGGUCUGA